AGUCGCUGGGCCCGCCCCAGCUACAGCGCUCAGCUCCACCCCGGCUGGGCCACCGCCCUGCACAGUCUCAGGGAUGAGCAGCCGCCCAAGCUGCAGGGCCUCGGGUCUUCGGCGCCUCUGACCCUCGCAGGUUGCUGCCUCUCGGUGCAGAACCGUAUGUAUGUCAUACAUUGGAUGUGAGACCCGAGAAACCGUGUUUUAACAGGCUUUUCUCCUUUCCUGGAUACGUUUAUUUCUGGGUCUCUGAAAGAAGAUGAAUUUGGCUGAGAUUUGUGAUAAUGCAAAGAAAGGAAGAGAAUAUGCCCUUCUUGGAAAUUAUGACUCAUCGAUGGUUUAUUACCAGGGGGUGAUACAGCAAAUUCAGAGACAUUGUCAGUCAGUCAGAGAUCCAGCUAUCAAAGGCAAAUGGCAACAGGUUCGGCAGGAAUUAUUGGAAGAAUAUGAACAAGUGAAAAGUAUUGUCAGCACUUUAGAAAGUUUUAAAAUCGACAAGCCUCCAGAUUUCCCUGUGUCCUGUCAAGAUGAACCAUUUAGAGAUCCUGCUGUUUGGCCACCCCCUGUUCCUGCAGAACACAGAGCUCCACCUCAGAUCAGGCGUCCCAAUCGAGAAGUAAGACCUCUGAGGAAAGAAAUGGCAGGAGUAGGAGCCCGGGGACCCGUAGGCCGAGCGCAUCCUAUAUCAAAGAGUGAAAAGCCUUCUACAAGUAGGGACAAGGACUGUAGAGCAAGAGGGAGAGAUGACAAGGGAAGGAAGAAUAUGCAAGAUGGUGCAAGUGAUGGUGAAAUGCCAAAAUUUGAUGGUGCUGGUUAUGAUAAGGAUCUGGUGGAAGCCCUUGAAAGAGACAUUGUAUCCAGGAAUCCUAGCAUUCAUUGGGAUGACAUAGCAGAUCUGGAAGAAGCUAAGAAGUUGCUAAGGGAAGCUGUUGUUCUUCCAAUGUGGAUGCCUGACUUUUUCAAAGGGAUUAGAAGGCCAUGGAAGGGUGUACUGAUGGUUGGACCCCCAGGCACUGGUAAAACUAUGCUUGCUAAAGCUGUUGCCACUGAAUGUGGUACAACAUUCUUCAACGUUUCCUCUUCUACGCUGACAUCUAAAUAUAGAGGUGAAUCUGAGAAGUUAGUUCGUCUGUUGUUUGAGAUGGCUAGAUUUUAUGCCCCUACCACGAUCUUCAUUGAUGAGAUAGAUUCUAUCUGCAGUCGAAGAGGAACCUCUGAUGAACAUGAGGCAAGUCGCAGGGUCAAGUCUGAACUGCUCAUUCAGAUGGAUGGAGUUGGAGGAGCUUUAGAAAAUGAUGAUCCUUCCAAAAUGGUUAUGGUAUUGGCUGCUACUAAUUUCCCGUGGGACAUUGAUGAAGCCUUGCGAAGAAGGUUAGAAAAAAGGAUAUAUAUACCUCUCCCAACAGCAAAAGGAAGAGCCGAGCUUCUGAAGAUCAACCUUCGUGAGGUCGAAUUAGAUCCUGAUAUUCAACUGGAAGAUAUAGCCGAGAAGAUUGAGGGCUAUUCUGGUGCUGACAUCACUAAUGUUUGCAGGGAUGCCUCUUUAAUGGCAAUGAGACGGCGUAUCAAUGGCUUAGGUCCAGAAGAGAUCCGUGCACUUUCUAAAGAGGAACUUCAGAUGCCUGUUACCAAAGGAGACUUUGAAUUGGCCCUAAAGAAAAUUGCUAAGUCUGUCUCUGCUGCAGACUUGGAGAAGUAUGAAAAAUGGAUGGUUGAAUUUGGAUCUGCUUGAAUUUCUGUCAGCUCUUUAAUUUCUGGUAUUUUUGUUUAUAAAAUAUGAAGAAAUUCCUGCAAUUUUUAAAAAACAGAUUUGGAAUUUUUUUCAGUGGAGUGAUUUUCACUUAAAGGAAAAAAAACAUCUAAAACUGUGAAGAAUACUAAAUGUAGUUGAGAAAUAAUUCAGGGCGAGAGUUUGCUGGUCUCCCUUCCUGGCUUUGUGCUGGUAUUCCACGUAUUUCUGCAUUAAUAUUGCACACCCAGACCAGGCUAUCAGGAAGGCUGAAGAGAGGGAGCAGUGUGCUAUUUUAGGAACUUGUUUACAGAAGAUUUAGAAAUGCCCCUAUUUCUCAUUUGCAGUUGUUUUUCUUUGUUUUUGUUUUUUUCCACUUCUUUGCUCUGUCAACAUGUGGGACCUAUCUAUAUAGGUUGACUUUUAACAUCAAAAUUGGAUUUGUGUCAAACUCUAUAUUUAUUGUUAAGAGAAGAAUGACAGUGUAUUUUGGAGGAAAUAAUGAAUUUACUGAUUAAACCUUUAGAAUUUA